UGGAGGACCAUCCUCCCCGCUCCCAUUACCACCAUGGCUGCCAUGGACCUCCACCGAGGCUUCCAGGCAGUUCUGGUGGGCCUGGCUAACUGCGAGGUCCAGCUGUACCGGGACAAGAACCUGCUGAGCACCAUCAAGACGCCCGACGUGGUCACCAGCUGCUUUGGCCGGUAUGGGCGUGAGGACGGGACCCUCAUCAUGACCACCAAGGGAGGCGGUCUGAUAGUGAAGAUCCUAAAGAGGACAGCGGCGUUCGAUGACAAGGAUAGUGCCCCCGGGCCGCCACUGGCCCAGAGCGUCCGCCUCAAUGUGCCGAAGAAGACCAAGUUAUACGUGGACCAGACACUGAGGGAGCGGGAGAACGGCCUGGCUAUGCACCGCGCCUUCCAGAUGGACCUGAGCCGCCUGCGGCUGGCUGCCGCCAAAGCCUAUGUCAAGGCCCUGGAGUCCAGCCUAACGCCAAUGUCGUCCAGCCUCACCGAGCCGCUCAAGAUGAACGCUGUGGUCCAGGGUCUGGGUCCAUCCUUCAAACUGACCCUGAACGUCCAGAACACGGCGGCAUGUCGGCCCGUCAUGAACCUGGCCAUCAGCUUCCUGUACGACGAGAGCCUGUACCGGAUGAGGAACCCGUACAUGAAGAUUCCCCUGCUGGUGCCCGGACUCAUCUACCCCGUCGAGACCUUCGUGGAGUGCACCAGCGACAAGGGCAUCUCCGACAUCAUCAAGGUGUUCAUCCUGCAUGAGGGGAAGAGCUCCCCGCUGCUGACUGCCCACAUCAACAUGCCGGUCAGCGAGGGACUGACGCUCAACUGAUAACACAACAAUUUUAUUUAUUAUACGAAACAUCACAGGACGAACUAUCAAACAACGCUUCAACUCUAUUUAUAACAAACACAAAACACGGGGCUGAACCGGCGAGGUGGGAUUAGUGAUUGGAAGCAAAGAAAGACAGUAAAGAUUUUAAUCUUGAAAGAAGCUCAGAACUAAAAUUCCAAAGUUCCCAAUAUUUGAAAAAAACUACAAUGCUCAAAUUGAUCAACUUAACUUUUAUUGGUCAAAUAAAAAACAACAAUUUGAACUAUUUGAACAUCAGUCCUUGGUCCUGUGAAUGACCAAGGACUGAAUGAAUCCAGUCACUCAUAAAAGUAAUUCAUUAUUUUGGCCUUUUUUUGCUUCCAUACCAGAACAAAGAAAACUGGGAUUUCUUACAGGAACUUGAAUGAUGGUUUAUUUGACUCUACUUGUGAUAGUUUCAGACCUUUGUAGAUCAGAACCUGCAAUGUUCUGCUGUUUAAUGUGUUUGUAUAGAUUUAAGUUUGUUGUUUAGUGUGUUUGUUUAGUGAUAAUGAUUCAUAAACAUGUUGUUCGAGCUCUCAGGGAUAAACUGCAGACUAAAGAUGUUUUUGUUCAUGAAUGUUUGUAUAGAAAUAUUAACAUGUUCUAAAAAUUGUGUAUUUUUUAAAUGAAGUUUUGAAUGUAGGAAAAAAUAAAGCAUAAACAA